AGUCUUCGAAUAAAUCACAGCCAGGGGACUCUGUUCCUCGUCUCCAUUGAUAGCAGGAACUCAGUCCGAAUGGGCAAGGCGAUUUGCGUGACUGGAGCUGGUGGUUUCAUUGCUUCGUGGAUUGUUCGUGAUCUUCUUAACAAGGGCUUUUCAGUUCCUGGCACUGUCCGCGAUCCAGAUGACAACGCCAAGUGUGGACAUCUUAAGCAACUGGAUGGAAGCGAGAGACUAAAACUACAUAAGGCUGAUGUGCUCGACUAUGACUCAAUCGCUGACGCGAUUCGGGACUGUGAAGUUGUGUUCCAUACUGCUUGCCCUGUAACCGCAUCGACUGAGAAUCCAGAGGAUGUUUUGGUGCCAGCAAUCACCGGCACUCGCAACGUGUUGAAGGCCUGCGCACAGGAGAGGGUCAAACGGGUCAUUGUCACGUCGUCCGCGGCUGCGGUGAUGUUCGAUCCAAAUCGGCCUGCGGAAAGAAUUGUCGACGAGAGCUGCUGGUCUGAUACUGACUACUGUACAAAGCUCAAGCAAUGGUAUCUUUUAGCCAAGACGGAGUCUGAGAAGCUAGCGUGGAGUCUCUCCAAGGAGUACGGCCUUGACCUCAUCACGAUCUGCCCCUCGUACGUGUUUGGCCCGAUGCUCCAGCCAACGCUGAAUUCCAGCAGUGCGGUCUUGAAGGCUCUCGUGGAUGGUCAUGAAAGCAGCUACCGCGAUUCCUCCAUUCCGGUUGUGGACGUGAGGGACGUCUCGAAAGCUCACAUUCUGGCCAUGGACAAGGAGGAGGCCUCGGGCCGCUAUCUCUGCGUGGAAAGGGUUGUGUCCAACAGCGAGAUUAUCAAGAUUCUCAGGGCCAAGUUCCCGCAGCUUUCAUAUCCAAAAGAAAACUCUAGGUGCGUUGCUGAGACGAGCGUUUGGAACCAAUCGGGAAUCCGUCCCGACAAUCUGGGAAGAGAGAAGCUCUUGGGGCUAAUCACUGAGUUUGACAUACCAUUGGAACGGAUGCUGUUUGACACUGUUUCCGACAUGCUAAACAAGGGACUGUUAAGAGCCAUCUGAUUUACCGGAGAGAUUAGAAACAUCGGGUCUACCAUCUCCCAUAUAAGGACUUCAAUUUGUGUCCUGGAAAAUGAAACAAGUUCCUGUUUGUGUUUA